AGGUGGAUGGUUGAUGCUGAGGUGGAUGGUUGAGGCUCUGACACUAAAAGUUGAUGGUUGCAUAAGGACUUUCAACAACAUACUUAUUGAAGCAGCCACGUACAAAUAUUAGAAAACUGGAGAGAAAGGAAUUGAUGUACAGUUUGUAUGGAUUUAAUCUCACUGAAUUAUACAUACCAAAGAAAGUAUUUUGAAAGACAGGGCAAAAUAAAACCUUGGUCUCUUUGUAUCAGGUACUAGAAAUAGUAUUAGAAAUGACUAAUGAAUCUGAAUGUCAUAGAAAUGUAUUUGAAAGGCUGAGUAGAUCUAUAACUUGCUAUAAUAACAUGAACAUAAAUAAGCUCAUUUAGGGAGCAACUUGCAGUAUGAACAGAUGGAGUGACCAGUAGAAAGAGAAAAAAAAAGAUAGCAGGGUAAGAUAAACAGUGAGAAAGAUGAACUGAAAGUGAGUCUGUUGAUAUUGUCUCCAUGACUGCUGUGAAGAACAAGACACUAUUGCUGUCAGUAUAUAAUGUUCAAUAGUGUUGUUAGUACAUCAUCUUCACUAGUGUUAUCAGAGCAUGUGACUCAAGUGUUGUGUUGUCAGGUUCCUCACACAAAUGUGCUGACCAAGAUGGACUUACUGAACAAGGCGGCACAACAACACCUUGAGAUGUUCCUUGUUCCGGAGGUACGACAGUUGCUACACUCACAACAUGCCACUUCUAAGUUCAAUAAAAAGCAUCACAAGUUGACCCGGGCCCUGGGUAGAGUUCUCGACGAAUAUUCCCUUGUACAUUAUGUUCCUCUCAGCAUUAAGAAGGAAGACUCUUUGAUGGAUGUACUUAUUCAGACAGACUUUGCUCUGCAAUAUGGUGAAGAUCAAGAUGUCAGAACAACAGACUUUGAGUAUCCUGACCAAGAUGAUGACGACAGAGGUCCAUCCUUUGCUUACUAAACUUUCGUGCAAGUUCUAAGCCCUUUAUACAACAUGUCAAGUGUGCAAAGAAUUCCUUCGCAUUGAGGCUAGUUCCAGAGCUAAAGGGUACGAGUUAACGAGGAGAAGCUAAAGGAAGCUAAGAUAACACUGAAGGACAAAAGUACCAGUACGAUAGUGUUGAAUAUCACAUCCGUUGUAGUACCCACAAGAUGUUUGAAGUGAAUUAACAGUGUUAACAGAGGUUGUAGUAAAUAAGCUUGAUAUUCAGUUAUACAACGAGUCAGUUUCAUUUAUUAUUGCAUUCAGUUUCCCAGAAAGUUCUUUUAUAGAUAUGACUUAUUUCCAAAUUUUAACGUACAAGGAAUCAGUUUCAUUUCUUCACACAAGUACUGUUGCAACAACACAUUUCUUCACACAAGUACUGUUGCAACAACACAUUUCUUCACACAAGUACUGUUGCAACAACACAUUUCUUCACACAGUACUGUUGCAACAACACAUUUCUUCACACAAGUACUGUUGCAACAAACACAUUUCUUCACACAAGUACUGUUGCAACAACACAUUUCUUCACACAAGUACUGUUGCAACAACACAUUUCUUCACACAAGUACUGUUGCAACAACACAUUUCUUCACACAAGUACUGUUGCAACAACACAUUUCUUCACACAAGUACUGUUGCAACAACACACAUUAAUAUUGGCAAACUUUACUUUCAUUUUGUCAGUGUGCUAAUUACUGUGUAGAAUUGUUUUGUAAAAAAUCUAUUAAAGAACAAAUAAUUUAUGAAUAGAACUUAUUUAAGCCUUUCAGGG